CAUCCUUCUUAUAUUCAAGCCAACAAUGCCCAACUUCCUCCAUUUAUCUUUAUUUUUGGCUAGGGGAUAUUGUUAGAUUUCCCAUGCCUAUUAUGCCCCGGGUCAUGUAUCUUCCUCCCCAGUUGGCGGAGCCGCCAAACUCCCCGUUACCUUAUACAGCGUCUCCAUGGAAGCUGCUGUGGACAGACAUUUGUCUCUUCUUUCGGUGCGCUCGCUACCUCCCCGGUAUUAUUUUUCCACUUACGCCUUGGAACUCGGGUUGCUUGGACGAGCUAUACCCUUCUCUGAGGAAUAUUGUUAGUGUAACGCUGCAACUCGUGCUCAGCGUGUGCCAGCUCCUCUUCUUGCUGUCUCUCCCCAUCCUUCUGGUUUGGAUGGUCCCAACUUUGGGCGUCUUGGUAUAUAUGGUGACAGUCUUAUUCUUAAACAAGGGAAUUUGCGAUCUGUUUCUGAACCGAGGGGAUAGUGUCUUGGUUUCCAGCGUCCCUGAGAAAGAAGCCCCGGAGCAUCAACAUGAACACUGGAUCUUCAUCAAUGGCGUUGCAGUUGGACAUUAUUGGUUACAGCAAAGCAUCAACCGUCUCGGAUAUACCUUUGGAAGAAAAGUCACCGGUGUCCAUAAUCCAACGGCCGGACUCAUAUUUGAUAUAAUCCAGUGCCUUGUACAGAGAAACUUUUGCUACGCGACGCAGGAUGUGAGACACGCGUAUGCCCAUGCUAAAGCGGCCUUGUUUAAUCCUCAAUACAAGAAAGUGAUUCUGGUAGUGCAUAGUCAAGGGGGAAUCGAAGGAGGCCUGAUUAUCGACUGGCUACUGGAUGAGUUACCCAGUGAACUGCUCCACAAGCUCGAAGUAUAUACGUUUGGAAACGCCGCAAAUCAUUUCAACAACCCCUCCAGAGCGUAUUCGGAACGCCACUCUGAUACGCAACAAGAGGAGAAUGCGAUAUCGCACAUUGAACACUACGCCAACUCGAGGGAUUUUGUGAGCACCUGGGGAGUUUUGAACUUCAGCAACAUACCGAAUCGGUAUAUGGGCCAGGUAUUCAUCCGGCCAGGAUCCGGCCACCAGUUCAACCAACAUUACAUGGACACCAUGUUUACGUCUGGAUCGGACCACACAGUCGCUGAUUCGAAUGACUUCAUGGAUAUGGAGGUAGAGACUGCCGACUGCAAGGUCCCUCGCGAGUCAGCGGUGCCGUCCAAGCAGGUUCUUGUCGCUCAGAAUGAGAGAUCCUCGUCCCCAGAUAGCACAGAUACUAGUCAUCUUUCCGUUCUCGUUUCGGAGAGACAGAAACGCUUGAAGGUAAAGGACCUCAGUCGAUUAUGGCUAUAUCGAAAUGGUGGAUCUCCGGAAGUGUAG